UAUAGUGGGGAGUCAGACAGCAGUUCACAGUUGCUGAACGCAUUGGUGUUGAAUAUGAUCAGACGGGAUGGAAGACACCGCGCGCCACUAAAAUAACGACGCUGUAGUUAAAGGUACUAACGGGAUAUAUCGGGGCAUUUAUAAGAGCAACAUUUCGGACGGUCUUCGGAGUUACAGUAUCGUUUUUGGCACAUGGCAUUUAUUUAAGCGCAAGAGCGAUGAACACGGUAGUCUUCAGUAAGUUUGAUCACCUGCGCUUUGACGAUAGCGCAGAAAGUGUCGAGAGGACCAGCAGGAACUAUUUAGAGGUGAUCGAUGGACAACACACAGAUUUACUGUCAAGCCACAACGUGAUGGAUGACACCGAAGCUGUUAAACACAGGAGAAAUGGCGGAGGGAAGGUGCGGCACAAACGUCAGGCCCUGCAGGAUAUGGCUCGACCACUGAAGCAGUGGCUUUAUAAGCACAGGGACAACCCGUACCCCACCAAGACUGAGAAGAUUCUGCUGGCUUUGGGCUCGCACAUGACCCUGGUUCAGGUCUCGAACUGGUUCGCGAAUGCAAGACGUCGGCUCAAGAACACAGUUCGACAGCCUGACCUGAGCUGGGCUCUACGCAUUAAACUUUACAACAAAUAUGUGCAAGGCAAUGCAGAGAGACUCAGCAUUAGCAGUGAUGACACAACAUCAGACGGUGGUGAUAGCCCUUUACUAAUGCAGGCCGGUGAAUCAGACUUUCCCAGACCGUCACACAAGAGUGUUAUUCAGGAUAGCCGUGGCAAAGGGGUGGGGCGAAGCACAGACCCCUCUAUUUGUGAUGACCACGUCUCUCCACCGAAAUACAAGAACAGUUUGUUGAACCGCUAUCUAAACGAUUCGCUUCGCCAUGUAAUGGCUUCCGAAAAAGUUCUGGACUCUCGAAAGAGGAAUCACUCCGGAUCAUUUAGCUCCAACGAGUAUGACGACGAUUUCCUCUCACCUUCAUCAUCAGAAGCUGAAGCAAACUUCACCUACCGUACAGUAACAUUGGGCUGUGGUACACGCCAGAGUGAGAGCUGUGCUAGUAAAGGUUGCGGACGGGGAAACAAUGAGGCCUGCUGGAAGGAGCUCCAUGCUGCCAUGGCUCUGACCAACCUGGCCCAAGGAAAGCAGAAUACAACGGCAGGAACCACCAGCUGUAUCAUCCAGAAGUCUUCCCAUAUAGCAGAGAUUAAGACUGUCAAGGUGCCCAUACAACCAAGACAUUAGUGGCUAACAGACUGGAUGUCGGUCUUGUAAUAGGCCAUACUCGCUAAAGACUACCUGAACACUUCAGUAUAGUACAUGCAAUAAUUUACUUAGUUAUCUACAACCGCCUUUUCGGGGAGGACAAAUGUUUGUUGACUGACCAGUGUGCCUAUUUCUACAAUUGUCAAGUGAGAAAUGACGAAUUUGUAAAGAUGGAUUUGUUGAGGCUGAACACAGAAGCACAAAACUUUUACUGCAGUUUAUGUUGUCAUCAUUUUUUAAAUGUUGUCAGUGACUCAAAUGUAAUAUAUUCAAAUACAUAUUCAGUUUUUUUAAGUUAAUUUUCAUGUUAAUUGACACAGGAUUGUUGUCAUCCUAUGACAAUGCCAUAUUUGUGAAUUCUUCUGUUUUGUCAAGUAUAGAAAAGGAGGUUUUGAAUAUUCUACACAAUGAGUGAAUUAAGUUUUUGAAGGUUUUGUCUUUUUGUUUUGAAAUGCACUCAAAAAGGU